UCAGUGGCUUGCGAGUUAUCUUCCUGGGCAUUCAUGCAUUUGUUGUUGUUUCCGUUCAAAAUUUAUCGUCUUUGAUGCUAGAUUCGAAAUUUUUGAACUGUAAAAUCGAGAAAUUCUAGGGUUUCACGGUGUAUUAACGCACAUGGGGACUCUGCAAGAUCUGAUCGAAGAAGCAAAGGUUCGAACGGUAUGGUGGGCUCUCUGUAUAUUCGCAGUUUGCUACUUCAUAACGCACACUAGCAAAUCAAUGUGGAUGAAUGUGCCGAUUGCAGUGUUGCUGGUGUCUGUGUUACGGCUACUAUUGAAUGAGGUGGAGUUUCAUUGGAAACCUCAAAAGGUUAGACCAUACACAUACUUGUCACACUUGGAAAAGAAGCAACUAUCUGUGAAUGAUUCCCGUCUUUCUACAUCACUGCCCCCACUGAAAUGGAAGAGGAAGAUUGAUGCACCACUUGUAGAAGCCGCGAUGGAGGACUUUGUGAACAAGCUUUUGCAUGAUUAUGUAAUAGAUUUGUGGUAUUCUGAUAUUACGCCUGACAAGGAAGCACCUGAACUAAUAUAUCGAGUAAUUAUGGAUGCCCUUGCUGAGAUAUCUCAAAGAGUGAAAGAAAUUAACCUUGUUGACCUGUUGACAAGGGAUAUAGUUGACCUGAUAGGCGAUCAUCUGGACCUUUUCCGAAAAAGCCAGGCUGCUAUUGGCAGGGAUGUAAUGGCGACACUGUCUUCUGAAGAGAGGGAUGAGAGAUUGAAGCACCAUUUAUUGGUCUCCAAAGAACUUCACCCAGCUCUGAUAUCGGCAGAGUGUGAGUACAAGGUUCUUCAGCGGCUCAUCAGUGGAGUCCUAGCUAUAGUUCUAAGACCAAAGGAAGCUCAAUGUCCUUUGGUUCGAUGCAUUGCUCGAGAAAUUGUAACUUGUUUGGUAAUGCAACCUAUAUUGAACUUUGCCAGUCCAUGGUACAUCAAUGAGUUGAUCGAAUAUAUUUUUGCAGCGAUUAAGGAUUUUAUCAAAGAUAUCGCAACCAAUGUAGAGGGCCAUGAUCAUGAUCAUGCAGAAAAUGUACAGAGUAGUGAUUCUUCGUUCACAAUGACUGCAUCUGAUGUUUCAGGAAACUCCAUGCCUAAUUUAAUUCAAGACGAGCAUCCACGAUCCGCUGAAUGGGCCCGUGCCCUUGAAGCAGCAACUCUUAAAAGAACAGAAGUUCUAAUGCCUGAAAACCUUGAGAAUAUGUGGACAAUAGGGAGAAACUAUAAGAAAAAACUCAAGAAGUAUGCUUCUAUUGAGUCUCAAGAUCCUGGAGAAUUCGUUUCUUUGGGUGAUGCAAAAAAUAUAGUAAAGGAAAUAGCAACUCAGGAGGAUGAAAUAUUUCCAGAAAAGGAUGAUAAGUCUCUGGAAGCUGAAGAUGCUGGCGCCAUUAUAAGCCCUGAAAGCAAAACUAAGUUUAAGAGAUUUAAUAGCACCUCCGAUUUGAAUAUCCUAUUAGAGAUGGAAGAUCAGUUGGCUAGCAAAGGUGAACCUACUAUAUCACAACUUAAUAAUGCAGACGUUGGGAGGAAUACUGAAGAACAUAGCAACACUAGUGCAUCAGAAAUGAUGUUACACAGUGACAAACAUCAAAUUCCAAAGCUCAAGUGCCGGGUUAUAGGAGCAUUUUUUGAGAAACUAGGUUCACAAUCAUUUGCAGUUUACUCAAUUGCAGUGACUGAUAUUGAUAAUAACACUCGGUUCGUGAAGAGAAGAUACAGGAACUUUGAGAGAUUGCAUCGACACCUGAAGGAAAUUCCGAAUUACACCUUACAUUUGCCUCCUAAAAGGAUUUUUUCUUCAAGCACAGAAGAUGCUUUUGUUCAUCAGCGUUGUAUUCUGCUUGACAAGUAUUUGCAAGAUCUUUUGUCCAUUGCUAAUGUUGCCGAGCAACAUGAAGUGUGGGAUUUUCUAAGUACUUCCUCAAAGAGCUACUCGUUUGGAAAGUCUCCGUCAGUGAUGAAAACUUUGGCAGUUAAAGUGGAUGAUGCUGUGGAUGAUAUAGUACGCCAAUUUAAAGGAGUCUCUGAUGGUUUAGUGAGGAAAGUUGUUAGCUCCCCUUCUGCUGCUUAUACUCCACUUGCAGGCAAAACUUUUGCCUGGAACGAUGAUGAGAUCAAUAAACUUUCAUUCAAGCAAAACACUUCAGAACCGUUGAGCAGUUUGUCUGAUAAAGAUGAUGGCGAUAAAGAUGGAGGGUCCAGCCCACAAACCAAUGAAUGGCAUUCCGACAAUGAAGUCAACUCAAAAGAGUUACCCCAUCAAGCAAUAAAACAUGAACCUGUCAGUGCUAGUGGAUGUCCUGAAGCAAAUUUUGCAAUUGUCUCAGGUCAACAAGAGGGACCGCUUGUGGCUCCCCCAGAGUGGAGUCCUCCAAAUCUAAGUGUGCCUAUUCUGAAUUUAGUAGACAACGUAUUUCAACUUACAAAAAGAGGUUGGUUAAGAAGACAAGUGUUUUGGAUAUCAAAGCAAAUAUUGCAGUUGAUGAUGGAAGACGCUAUUGAUGACUGGCUGUUGAGGCAAAUUCAUUGGAUCCGGAGAGAGGAGGUCAUUGCCCAAGGAAUACGAUGGCUCCAAGAUAUUCUUUGGCCUGAUGGCACUUUCUUCCUCAAAGCAACCACUCAAAGUGAAAAGAAUGAUGGUCAAUCAAAUCAACAACAAUAUGGGCAGCCGACGAGACAGUUUCCAAUGAGUCAGACAUCUAAAGGAGGAUCUUUUGAGCAACAGCUUGAGGCUGCUCGCAGAGCUAGUAAUGUAAAAAACAUCCUUUUCAAUAGUGCCCCUAGUGCUUUAGUCCGCUUGAUUGGGCAAAAGCAGUACAGACGUUGUGCUCGAGAUAUAUACUAUUUCCUUCAGUCUACUAUAUGCUUAAAGCAAGUAGCAUUUGCAAUUCUUGAACUUGUGCUAGUGUCCAUCUUUCCAGAGUUACGGGAUGUUGUGAAGGAUAUCCAUGAACAGAUGCGCUCUCAACCUGCGUAAGGAUUAGAGUUUUAUUUCUCCUCAGGUGAUGAUAAAACCAAGAAAAGUAAUGCAAUCAGCUACAGGAUGAGCUACUGAAAGCAGUGGCUUGACCAGCUAACUCUUUUCUUAGGCCAGAAAUAGGAAUUUUGAAAUGUGUGAAGAUUCUUUCUUGGACGUGAGAAUAGCGCUUGCCCAACGUGCUCACGUUUUGUACAGAAUGUAAAUUAGAGCGCGCAUUGACAUGUGUAGGAAACACAUUCUUUUGCAUACUCUUUUGACAGCUGCGCUCUGCAUGCUCAACUCAAAAUAUGCAACUCCAUUCUUUAUUCAUAUACUUCCCAAGUAUUGUUUUGUAAA